UAAAAUCGUUGGCAAAAUUAAUAAUCGCUUGCUUUAAGAAUUACGCACAAAAAUAUUCGAUAUAUCUUUUGAAAGUAACUUUGACAUUUAUCUUAGAUAGAUAAAAAGAAUAACAAUAAUAAUAACGAUUUGAUAAAAAUUGUUGACAGAUACAAAACAGUGAUUGAUGGCAAAAUCUAAUUGGAAAACAUACGAGAUCGCUCGAAAGUGAUCGCGCUGAAAAGGAAAAUUAAAUUUCUAUCGGUUUGAACGCAACGUCACUCGCGUAGAAGCCGCUCAUCGUGGGCUUAGCGUAGAUUGGCGAGACGUUGAAAUUAAAAUUCUUGACACCGCGGCCCUUGCACGUCGCUUGCCAAAUGGUUCAAACCGCCCCCACCAUCGAUCACGGGCCGAAGUAUAAAAGAAAAAUUUGCCCCCGGGGCAAACAGUCAAAAUCCUCGCGCGUUCGUCGAUACCCAACAGAUUUUCAUCACGAUGAAAUCUUUUAACGCGAUUUUAUUGGCGAUUCUAUUGUCCCUCGGCUGCGUCGCCGUCGCGGAAGAUCCGGGAAACGCGGAGAUCAGGCUGACGAGGGCGAUGCACGAGUUAAACGAGAGGGAUACCAUCAACGUCUACGGCGACAUAAUCACUUUGGAGAAGGUUGCGAGUGACGACGAGGAAGGAAGAUCGACCAAGAGCGAGGACCCUCUAAUAGGACAGAUCGAACGAUUCUUGAAGAGCAGGAGGAUUCGUGUUCGUCUGCCCAACGAUGGAUCUUCCGCAGAUAUGUUUGGCAGAGCCUUGGGACGGAAGGAGAUGGGCGUUGAACUCAGAGCCUUGACCACGGGUGCAUCCGAAGCCCGAACCAAACUGAAGAAGAUCGUACUGCCGCUUCUGCUGGCCCUAAAACUCAAAGCCAUGAUCGUCCUGCCCAUCAUCAUCACUCUGAUCGGUCUGAUAGGGAUCAAGGGACUCGGCGCUGGUCUGCUGUCCCUUCUCCUCUCAGGAGCGGUUGCCCUGAAGGCGUUGCUCACGCCACCGCCAGCCCCCGCCAGGGUGACCUACGGAGUCGUGAAACCCGAGAUCCACCACGAACAUUGGCACAGGUCGCAGGAGGAGCUGAAUCAACCCUACAGAGGUUGGGCCCCUGAAUUUGGGCCUGAACAGUACCCCUAUCAAGACAUCCCUUGAGUUUAAUCUUUAGAAAAACCAAAAUUCAUCCACUCAUCCCCUCAUUUUAUUUAUUAUCUCCUCUCUGUUAUCUCCACU